AUGUUGCUAUCCAUACCCAGUCUUUUGGACUGCUGGCAUGUACGCGACCUGCCUCGUUUCCGCCGAGUGUUAAAGGGCCAGCCUGGUGAGCGACAAGCUACGCGCGGCCGCUCGCCCGCCUCGUCCCUCAGCUCCAGCGCGAAUGGACUUUCUGCGGGGCCCUGUGCACCUGCCGAGGUGAACCGUCGCGAUCCGCUAGGCCGGACGGUGCUUCAUUUGUUGGCGUCAAGCGACGAUCCGGCCGCGUUCGAUUUCCUUACGUUGCUCUUGACGCACCCCUCUGUCAACUACAAUUUGCAGGACCAUGAGAGUGGAUGGACGGCCUUGCAUCGCGCGCUGUACGUCGGCCAUGUCCAUGUAGCGCUGCUGCUUUUGGAACGCACAGAUAUCGAUACGACGAUCCGCGAUUGGGAAGGCCUGACCGCGUUUGAUCUGUACAAUACCACGGUGGAUGGGACCUGCCCACGCCCUGAGGACGACCUUGCCUUAGGCGGUGGCGUGUUGUUUGUAUGGGGCAGCAACCGCAACUACAACUUGGGCCUGGGCCACAGCAACGAUAGCAGCACGCCUGAACGGCUCAAGUUGCCUCGUCCUGUUGCCACCACGGCCAUCGCUGGCCGUCGCUUCGAUCGCCCGCUAGUCCGUGAUGUCUCGCUUUCUCGCUGGCACACGGUCGUCGCGACCAACGAGCGGCGGCAGAACGUGUAUGUGUGUGGUGUAGGCACGAAUGGCCGUCUGGGGCGUAUGCCACCGGCGCAGCCGCAAUUGGAGCCAUUGCGGGAGUGGGACGAGCCGGUACGGGCUGUCGUGGCUGCGCAGGACCAUACGGUGCUCAUCACUAUGCAGGGGGCUGUGUACACGUUCGGCGCCAACCGCAUGGCGCAGCUCGGCUACACUCUCGAAGAAGGGCUCGGCACGACCGCGUCCUCUUCGGGUACCAUCCGAUCGCAAGGCGUCUCGUCGCAGGGCACGACGAUCAGUGCUCUUGGGACUGAGCUUGAUAUCCAAGUCUCGCCGCGUCGCGUGCUCGGCCCGCUCAAGCGCGAGGUCGUGCUGGGCGCUGCCGCCAGCCGAUUGCACACGGUCGUGUUUACCUCGGACGCCGUAUAUACAUGGGGCACAAACAAUGGCCAGCUUGGCUACGAUCGGCAUUCAGCGCCUGUCCAAGUCCAGCCACGCCGCGUCACGUCGAUUACCGCGCCCGUACGUCAAGUCGCUGCGACCGAGUUUGCGACGGCCUGCCUGCUGGCGUCGUGGGACGUCGUUGUCUUGCAUGGCGAUGCGUAUUUCAAGAUCACGUUCCCCAUGCCCCGUGUCCCUAGCGAGGCGGGCCUUUUCCGUGCGCGUCACGUCCCUGCAAAGCCCAUGAUCCGACGGCUUACGUGUACAGGCACGACGUUUGCGGCGCUCACGGAGCUUGGCGAUUUGUACACGUUCCACAUGGAGCAUCCCAGCGCCACAGGCGCCAAGGUCACGCCACCACGUCCGCAGCUCGUAUGGAGUGUGCGCCGCAAGUUUGCGGCCGUACGUGAUGUGGCCAUUGGCUUGGACGGCACCAUUGUGCUGUGUACCAACGAUGGCCAUGUGUACGUGCGUGAACGCAAACUCGACGUACGUGCGAAGACGCGCACGCCCAAGUUUCAAUUGGUGCCGUACCUGCAGCGCGUUGUGCGUGUCAUGGCCAACGAUCUCGGGAGUUGGGCCGCCGUGCAAGCGCCUACACGGCCCGCGUCGAUCCCUGUGCGUGGCCCGUCGCUCGCCGACGACUUGCUCGCGCUGGUGCCUGAGACGAGCGUUGCUGUGCCUGUGGACGACAUGACCGCAUCCAUCGCGACGAUGACGACCGCGGAGAAUGACGAUAGCGAGUCGGACGAUGAGGCCUCGACGAUGCUCUCUCGCUACCUCGCGCAUGCCCGUACGAUCCUCUUGCGUGCCUCGGCGUGGCCCACGGCGUGUCUUGGUCCGUUACGUGAGGCUCUGCCGGCCGCGUAUACCACGACAGGGUGCGACGCUGCGUUGUGCGUCGACCGCGGCGGCUGUAUGAUCCCUGUGCACCGCGAUCUCCUGGCGCUGCGUAUACCAUCGCUCACGCCCUUUCUUUGGCAGACACGGCCGACCACUACUGCGCCUGUGGACAUAGUGCUAGCCACGGCGCCGAAGACGACCAUUGUGCACCUCCCGGGCUUAUCGUUGGUGUCUGCUCUGGUCUUGGUCCACUACCUGUACACGGAUGACCUCUUGCCGGUAUGGACGGCGCAGAUGCAUGUGGUCCUCCAACCUCUGUGCCGCUCUGUCGGUGUCUCGAUGGAGCGUGUGCGCCCGGAGCUCCUGGCCUGUGCGACACUGCUGGAUCUCGCGGCUGUGCGUACAUCGCUUGAGCAUGGCUUGCUGCGUGCGCCGCCCAGUACAAUGCGGACGCAGUGUCUACAUGUGUUUGAGCGUAUUCGUCCUGGCGCUUCACUCGCCGACGUUCCCGGCGCGGAUGCCCUGUUGCACCUGGCUGAUGCGGACGUGCCAUGCCACACGCUCUUCCUACGUCGCUCGCCGAUGCUGCAAGCACUUUGUGCAUGGCGGCAGGACUGCGGGGAGCAUGGGCCGAUUGAGAUCGCGAUGCCACACUGGUCCUGGCGUGUGAUGCGUUUGGGCCUUGCAUUCCUGUACACGGAUGCAGGCACGUCGAUCUUUGACGGGACAGACGCCGAGGUGACGCCUGAUCAGUUUAUGGACCUCGUCUUGGACGUUCUCCAGCUGGCGGACGAGCUCCUGCUUAGCAAGCUGCAGCUGCUUACGCUGACCUUCCUUACUCCACGCAUCAAGCCGACCAAUGUCGGCGCCUUGCUCACCGAUGCCCAACGUCUCAAUGCCCCGGCGCUACGUGAGGUCUGCCUGACGUACAUCGCGCACAACCUCGAGACGUUGCUAGAACGGCACUGCCUCGAUCUGCUUCUGCCGUCGAUGCGCCGCGACGUCACGCAGCACAUCCAGACGCUGCAGGAGGCACAUACACAUCGCUCCAUUGCGCGUGAUCGCUUGUUUGCUCUGACCCUCAAGCACCAGGACUUUGUCGAUACGCUGGACCUUCCGCCGCCCUCUCUCCAUACACUGUGUCUGCAGGUGGCCAAGUGGGAGAAACCUGCACGGUCUCUGCCGACGUCGCACACCGCCUCAGCUCCGUCUCAUCCUGCGUCUGCAGCUGCGACCGACGAUACCAUGCUCUUUGCGAUGGACGACGACGUAAGUACGGCCGGCCCGGCCGCUGCUACCGCCACCGCCACGGCCGAGCCCGCAUGGCAUACUGUCGGCGCGAAAACGACGCCACGUCCACAGCGCCCGUCGUCCGUGUCGCCGUCGCCUGUACCGCCUCCCAUGGCCAUGCCUGGCACUGCGAGUCCAUCGACGAGCUACAGCGGUCCCCGCAUGAUGGCCUCGCGGUCCUCGUUGGAACCGAGUCCAUCGAUGAUGCACGAGGCACGUCCACGGACGGAUCCACCUUCACGACGCACACCCACUAGCACAUCGCCCUCUUCGGCGGUCUCGGUGGAGACGCAGCGGGCCAUGGCCCAAAUGGCCGUGGCGCCCAAGCUCUCGCAGAAAGAACGCAAACGGCAGCAACAGCAACAGCAGCAGCAGCAACCAAGGACUGCGCUCCAGGAAGCCACCCCGGUAUGGCACCGUACGUCCCGUCCUUCGCCCAGCACAUCGCCUGCGACGGCCUUCCCGGCCUUGUCAAGCACUCACGCAGCGCCGCGAUCAGGGACGACGCCCACGACACCGCCUGUGCUCUCCUUCGCACAGAUCCAAGCACAGCAGCAAUGGGACGCUCAGCGACAACAAGCGCAGCAGCAGCGGCCUACCAACUUUGCACAGAUUCUCGACGAAGAGCGGCGUGUCCAGGAGCGGGUUCAGCAGGAACGCGAGGAGGCCGAGGCCUUUGAGCGCUGGUUCGAAGAAGAGAGUCGGCGUGUCCAAGAAGAGGCACGUCGGCAGCAGGCAUCGCAACGUACGUCCCAGCAUCAACGACGUGCCAACCCACCGCCGCGCCGGAGCGGCGCUGCUUCGUCGUCCCACCAGGGCCGACGUGGACGACGGCGUGGGAAACCGGAUCCCACCUCGGCCCGUAUUGAUGAUAUGUAA